AUGGCAAGCCCAACACCCAUCGAUGCCCCAGAGCACAUCCACAAACUCCUGUCCGAACUUCACCAGAGAUCCCUGGACCAAGAAGCUGUCCUAUCGAAGAGCGGCAAAGUCUUCUCCUCCAAGGUGAUAGGCGACCUCGAAGAUCAACAUGCAGAAAAAGCCGCCAGCGAGUUUGACAGAAUUAUGCUGGACAAAUUCAUUGCUUUGGAUCAAGACAAAUGCCAAUUCGUAUACCAGCUCAUCAAUGCAACGGGCGCAACGAACGUUGUCGAAGCCGGAACCAGCUUUGGAGUGAGCACUAUUUAUCUUGCCCUGGCUGUUGCUCAGACCAAGGCUGCGACGGGCAAGUCUGGGACUGUGAUUGCGACGGAGAAGGAACCUCAGAAGGCGGAGAUUGCAAGAGGAUAUUGGACGCAGUGCGGGUCGACGGUUGAGCAGCAAAUUGAUCUGCGUGUUGGCGACUUGCUGGAGACAUUGAAGGUUGAUUUGCCAAAGAUUGACCUUCUGCUGCUCGACAUCUGGUCCGCUCUAUCCUUACCAACGCUCAAGACUGUCCUUCCGAAUCUGCGACACGGCGCGGUGGUCCUGACGGAUAACACGAUUUCCGGAGCAGAUGGAUACAAAGAUCUACUGGCAUACUUGCGGGACCCGCAGAACGGCUUUCAGAAUAUGAUAUUGCCAUUUACCAAUGGCUUCGAGAUGAGCGUAUAUCUGCCGAAAGUCUCACAAUAG